AUGUCACCAGUGAGUGAGAAUAAACUAAAAGAAUUCAGUCAGGCGUUGAAAAAACUUCACACAGAAUUUCAAACUAGGUUUCAAGAUUUUAAGAACAUUCAAUCAUCACUAGAUGUUUUCUCGAUGCCGUUUAAUGUAGACCCUGAAAAUGUAUCUGCAGAAUUGCAGUUGGAAAUUAUUGAAAUGCAGUGCAGUACCCAUUUGAAGCAAUUGUUUUUGAAUUCCACAAAACUAGAUUUUUAUAGAGCACUUCCGAAAGCUGAAUUCCCAAAGAUAAUUGCUCACGCCCAGAAAAUUAUGACGAUGUUUGCGUCGUCUUAUGUGUGCGAACAGACUUUUUUGACCAUGAAAUUGCGGAAAAACUCAAUCAGAAACCGAUUGACUGAUGAACACCUUUUCACACUGUUGAAAGUUGCUUCGUCACAGAUGGAACCUGCUUUCGAAAAUAUUAUGGAAGAUCAAAAACAAUUCCAUAAUAUGUCUCACACGCCACCAUGGUUGGGCCUUUGA